CCAUGUCUCGGCUCUCGCUCGUCGCGCUCAGCGUCCUGCUGGUUGCCAUAGUGACGGCCGACAUGCCGUACCAGCUGUCGAGCGGCUUUGAAGACAUCGUGCCUAACCUGGUGGAGACGUUCACCUGCGAAGGCCGGCCGUACGGCUACUACGCCGACGUGGCCAACGACUGCCGGCUCUUUCACGUCUGCGUGCCCGUCGUCGAUGAUGUUGGAGAGACCCUGCAGACGGACCAGUACAGCUUCCUGUGCGGCAACGAGACCAUCUUCGACCAGUUUACGCUGACCUGCAACUACCCGGUGGACGCGGCGCCCUGCGAGGACGCGGAGAGCAUGUACUCACUCGCCAAUGAUGUGUUCUUCAAGCUAGCGGACGGCAGCAGUGCGUAGAAGGUCGCGCAUUGGUGUGUUGGUGUGUUGGUGUGGUGUGUUGGUUGGCGUACGUUUGUGUGCAUUUGGUGAUCACGACAGCUUCAUUUCCGCGUUUACGUAUUCUCACGUCACUAGCAGAAGCAAGCAUAUAGGUGGCAGCACUGCUGGUUGCAGAAAGAUGCUGGUGUGGACGUCGGAGCCCCGUCCUGCUUUACACUGCUAUGAUGCGAUGGAUUUGUUAAGAACAUGGC